GGAUAAACAUGACGAUAAGAUCAAUCAUUGUCUCACAACUUAUAUCAUUUAGGCGCAGUUCAUAAUUAUUUAAGGGAAAAAAAAGACUCAGAUCUGCUCUUUUGUUUCUGAUGGCGACAGAACAAGAAGCUGAAAUUGGAAGAGGGACUUCAUCUGUUUCAGGAAGAUUUUCAAGGAACAGAGAUUUAUAUCUCUUCUUACCUCUCCUCUUCUCUGAUCAAGAAUCAUCAGAUGGAGACCACAACGUUGCUUCGUGGCGUGAGAGAAUCAUUCUUGUCAACCCUUUUACACAAGGAUUGAUCGUCCUCGAGGAGUCAUCAGGGUUAAAUCCUCUGUUGCGAGACUUACUUGAGUCACGCGAGGAAGGUCAUCCUCCAGCGUCCAAGGCUUCCAUCGAUGCGAUGAGGGUCGUUGAUACCGACGGCUGGGGAGGAGAGUGUGCGAUAUGUUUAGAGGAAUUAAAGGUGGAGGAGAGGGUGAAGGAGAUGCCGUGUAAGCAUAGGUUUCAUGGAGGAUGCAUAGAGAAAUGGUUAGGGUUACAUGGGUCGUGUCCUGUUUGUAGGUACGAGAUGCCUGUUGAGGGAGAUGAGGUUGAAAGGAAAAGAAGCGAUGGGGGAGAGAUUUGGGUUAUGUUUGGUAGAAGUUCUUCUGGUCACGAUGGUGGAAACAGUGAUGGUAACACUGCUGGAUCUGGUGGCACAUGAUGUGUUCUUGAUUCCUAGAAUUAGGAUUUUGAAUAAACUUUUUGUAGAAACCCUUUGUGUUUUUUUUUUUUUCAUUUUCUUCCAUGAAGACUUUAGGGUUCUUGUUUCUUGAAUUUCAUGUAUUUAAGUUAGGGAUUUUCAAGAACCUUUUUUAGU